AGAUUAUUUUACUGACUCAGGUGUAAGUGAUCAAACGCCUGGGGGCUCGCGAUACAAGCCUGUUGGCUGUUACAACAUAAAGACAAAACCAUUUGGUCCAAUGUUGAAAAAACUCACCCUAAAUACCGACAAUAAAGCAGAGACUGUGUCCGAGUGUGGCCGUGCAGCCUGGGCACGAGCCAGACGUGUGUUCGCUGUGGGGAGUGGUGGUGAAUGUUAUAGUUCAAUGGACGCUCAUCGUGUGUUCCACAAGGACGGUCAGGCUGGGGAUUGUACUGAUGAUCUGAUUGGUGGAGCUGAGUCUGUUUAUGUCUUCGCUCUCACAGGUUGGUAAUAUAUUACCAAGGCCGCUGAGCAGUUGUGGGGUGCCGGGGGCAAAAUGCCCCCCGCCCUGUAUAUUACAUGUGAGAAUCUCGGCUAGCCGGCUCCUGCAGCCACCACGCCCUGUUCGUCUUCUGUCUUACGACGUGGCGACCCAUGUAUAAAUAUCCAGUGUACACAUAGUUUAGGUUUUCUCCUUUAGUAGUAACACUGGAUCAAUAAGAGAUGAUCCUUACUGGAGCUCUAGGAAAGAAUAGUUUAGAACUGAUAGAGCUAUCCAGCACAAACCAAAUUAGUUUAGUUUAGGUUUUUUCCUGUAGUAACACUGGAUCAAUAAGAGAUGAUCCUUACUGGAGCUCUAGGAAGAACAGUUUAGAACUGAUAGAGCUACCCAGUAUAAAUAAAGAUAGUUUAGUUUAGGUUUUCUCCUGUAGUAACACUGGAUCAAUAAGAGAUGAUCCUUACUGGACCUCUAGCAAGAACAGUUUAGAACUGAUAGAGCUAUCCAGUUUAAAUAAAGAUAGUUUAGUUUAGGUUUCCUCCUGUAGUAACAUUGGAUCAAUAAGAGAUAAUCCUUACUGAAUCUCUAGGAAGAACAAUUUAGAACUGAUGGAGCUAUCAGUAUAAAUAAAGUUUAGUUUGUAUGUUAAUUGUUUCACUUUAAACAUUUGCUCAGAUUCAUUCUGAUUUUCCAUUCUCAGGCAAAGUAUUAUUGUCCACUCCAACAUGUUACAGUGUCGAAGAUAAUGCAGUCUCGGAACAAAGUUCAAACUGUGAAUUGGCAAAACCUCCUCCGGAUAUUAAAGUCUGCUGUGAAGACGUGUGCAAAGGUUUGCAUUGUUUUAUAAUGCAUCUGGUUUUAUCAUGUAUCUUUCAGUUUUUAAGUACUAUUUACAACAUGAGCAGCUGUGCACAAACUCGAGCCGAAGGCGAGUGAAACGUGUUGAUGAGAACAUUCGUCUUCUUCAACUAAGCCAAAAAAAAAUAUGUGGGUUUCCUGUUUCCCGACCCUACCUAGCUUUUGGACGUCGAAAUCCCGACCCUAAACUUUUUUAUUGGAUCAUGGUUGUAAGUGUUUCCACUUAGAGGAAAAAGUUUGUGGAAAAUUGAAAUUUGAGGCAAUAUUAGGGAAAUUUAUCUAUGGUUGUGGAAGCACUGACUAAACAAAAUUGACGUCCGCUUGUUCGGAAAAUUAAAAAAAAAAUAAAAAAAAAAAAUUAAAACCGACCUACCCUACCUAAGUUUUUAUAAGAAGAAACCGGAAACCCACAUAUUUUUUUUUUUGCCCUAUUAAAAGAUUGAACGGUAGUUGGUGAGAAAAUUGUGCUUAAAGUUUAUGUAAAUCAGCAUGAUUUUGUAACAGAUGUACAAACUCCUUCACGCUCAUGAUUUCUUUUGUGUUUUCUUCAUGAAUUAUUAAUGAGUUUCACAAUUUGGCUUGUGAAAAAGUUCUAACAAAGUGUCAUUCUGCCGUAUAGAUAAUUGUUACAAGACAAAAGAUGGUGCAUAUUGCGUUAUACCAUUCAUUUACAGAGGAAAAACCCACUAUGAAUGCACUCGAAAAGAUGGUGGUCCGAUGUGGUGUGCCACCACCUCUAACUUUGAUCGGGACGAUCAGGGGGGAGAAUGUGAAGGUAAGAUUACGUCAUUAUUUUUAUUUUUUUGUAAAUCAGCAGCGGGCGGAAUCCUGGCGUUUUCUGCAAUCUGAUUGGCUGCAGCAGCGGGCGGAAUUUUACGAUAUUUGACCGCGGUCAGGAAUCCUAUACGUAAUGGUCGAAGCAAAGCAAAAAUUUUUUGUAUGUUUGUUUUAAAACGGAAAAAUAUGAAUAUGUAAUUUUGAAAUACUUUUAAUGAUGGAUAAAAUAAUUGUACUGUAUUUUAAUUGAAUUGUUUGUUUUCUAAAGUAAAAUAAUUAAAUAUCAAAAAUUUUUUAUUGUUUUGUUUUCUAUAUGCGCAAUCUAAUAAAACCGUUGCCAUUUACCUCUGAGUCUUCGACAAAAAAAAAUAAAUACGUUAUUUACCGUUUAGGUCGGUCCGGAUAGAAAAAUAUUUUGUCUCGGUCUCAAAAACGUCCCUCGGCCUCGGGCCGUUUUUGACACCUCGACAAAAUAUUUUUCUAUCCCGACCUCCCAGCCGCUAAAUAACAUAUAUAUGUAUAUAUAUAUAUAUAUAUAUAUAUAUAUAUAUAUAUAUAUAUAUAUAUAUAUAUAUAUAUAUAUAUAUAUAUAUUCUUGAUAUAUAUACUCAAUACUUUUUAAUAGAGCUAAAUAUAUUUAAUUAUUUAUAUAUAUAUACGAAUGUGGUUUGGUUCACAAAAUGCCAAAGAGUGCGCGAUAUCAUAUAGAUAGAGCAGAAAUAAUCGUCUUACCUCAAAAGGUUGCCACAACUGUCUGUUUCAUCCAAGAAGAAUCAUCAAGUGACUGACAAAUUUCGAAAAGUGGGCUGCUCAAAUGUUUACGGUCGGAAACGUGGGCGUGUGGGCAUUUUGAACGUAAAUCAAUGGAGAAACACACAAAAAGUAAUUGAAUGGUUUGGACAACCUCGUUCCCAGGGCUUUCGGUUGAGGACGAGGGGCGAGACGAGAAUCCCCUGGUCUGGGCCGGUCAAUUUUGCAUUCUGAUUGGCUAACACCAUAUUGUCUAAAAAUAGCAGAACUUGACAGUUAAUAAUGACAAUUCAACAUAAAUUUAUAAUUGUUGUGUACGAGUAUAUUUUGCAAAAUAAUCUUUCAAAGGAAGAAGUUUUCAGUUUUCCCGACUGCAUGAUUUACUUUCGCAUAGGCUGGUUACAAAACUCAAAAGCCGUGUCGACGUGACUGUGAUGUUUCCUGACAAAACAAGAAACGUCUAUAUACUAUUGAGCUGUAGUUUUCCUUGUACUGCAUUUAUAAUAUAGUGCAGAUGUCUGAUGAAAUACAACGCUUUUUGCACUGUAGUAAUACUUUAAUUUACAAUAUUCUUUAAUUUACAAUAUAUAUAUAUAUAUAUAUAUAUAUAUAUAUAUAUAUAUAUAUAUAUAUAUAUAUAUAUAUAUAUAUAUAUAUAUAUAUAUAUAUAUAUAUGGAAUCUUUGUCUAUUAUAAUUUGAAGAAAUGCGGAGUGUACGUUUUUGUGAGCAAAUAUAGAGCUGACAAAGCCAAUGAAGACAUCCGAGGGUUGCGGCAUCCAUGUAUUUCUACACCUGACUGUUACGCAAACCGAAUCUCCGCAAUGUUUAAAUUUCCUGGCACGCAACAUCGUACCCAGGGCAUUUUGCUUCCGAUCAGCGAAAAUGGCCUUGGCAUCGGCUGGUCACAUGACCUCAAAAUCUCCAGUAUUUCGGGUGUUCAAUUAUGAUAAUUCAACAUAUCCCGUAAUAUUGAUGACUUUUAAACAUAACUUAAUAAGUAACUAAACUAAACAAAACAAAACCGCUUCAGCGUUUGUUUUAUAUAAAUCGUGUUUAAUAUGAGCAAUAUUAAAUUGUGAUAUUCGUAUCACAAUCUUUAUUUGACCACGGUUAAUAGACCUAGAUUUGACUAUAACGCUGUACGUUUCUUGAAAUCAACGAUGUGUAAACAACGCAUGUGAGAAAUGUAUGUUGAACCGAAGCAAAUACUCGUCUAUACAAAAUGUACAAAGACUUAAUUUCGACCAAAUUGUUUUGUGAUGUAUUGUCUUUCCCUAGUUCAUGCUGUAUCUCAAGCGAAAUGUCAAAAAUCUUAUUUGCUCAAUACUUUUAUAGCCCUUCAUGAACUAAUUAUAAAUUUGUCACUCCACUCUCGUUCCACCAAAAUAAUAAUUAUUCCCAGAAUAAUAAUUAUUCCCACAUUCAAAAUCAUUGACCAAUCAGGUUGCAAAACAGACCAGCCGAAGCAAAAAGCUCUGGGUACGAGGUUGCCUGGCACGGGCUAUCCAACUUUAUCUGAUGAUUAACAUAACUUUAUCCGACAAAACUACAUGAUUGUGCUUUUCGCACAACGAAAGUUACAGAAAAACGUGAAAUCGAGCAUUUAAAUCCUGACUGAACACUUAUGCAACCAUUUGCAUAAGUGAUCAGUUCCUCCCUUCCUCCUUUCUUAAAUUAUGUGCAUGCAUCAGGUCACUUUACUAAAAAUUCAGUUCAUGCUGAAACUGUAUUGCCAGUGUAUUGCCAUUUUCCUUUCAUUUUUUUCAUUUGAAAAAGAUUCAAAUUUUCGUGGAAUUUUAAGUUGAAUUCAGGACCGUUUAGCGAAGGGGUAUUGGGGGGGGGGGAGUUAUCCCCCACCCCAACUUUUUUGGAAUUAACAUAUUCGGUUGGCCAUUCGGAAAAUUACGGCAAUAAUAAUAUAACAAAAUUUUUGUUGUUAAAAAAGCAGAGAAAAUAUAGUGUACAUUGUCAGUAUAAACUGAUUUCCGAAAUCAUGGCAUUUAUAUGGAUAACAUCUAACAUGGUAAAUGAUUUUCGAUUUAUUACUUCUCAGGGCCGUAGCAAACGGGGGAGGGGCUGGGGGGGGGGGGGCUGCAGCCCUCCCAAUAAUUUGCUAAUAUAAUCAUUCUUUUUCAAAAUCAUGCAGACCUUUAUCAUUUAAAUAAUAUACCUGACAAUUGAUUAUUUUAAGCGGCUACAAUAUCCAUGACAAACUGCAAAGUAUCAUAUUACCCAUACUUUCCUGUAUGCAACUUCUCCAAUAUAUAGUUAAUUAAAUACGCCUUCGAUUCGCCCAUUUAAUACUACUAAAUUGUAAGCAAACUGUAAAUUUCGACAUACUAAAACGCUGUUUUCUGACCAUCAGAAUUCUCUCAAAACUUCCCUAAAGUCCAGGAAAUGGCAUUUCGGAGACUCUAAAUUAAAACAUUUCCUUCGGCCCUCCAAUCAAAAAGAGCUUCCAACGGCAUUGCAUGCUUCUGUGAUAUGUCUGUGCGUGAAGUAUGCGUAUUUUUGUUUGUUUCGUCUUCAUUUUCCGGAUAGUAAACACCUUCGUGGCUUCGUAUCCCAUGAAAUAUUCGGAAAUUGUUUUCGUCAUUCGGAUAUUUUUGGCCUACACCCCCCAACUACACAUGCUAGCUACGGCCCUGGUUGAAUUAAAAAUGCAUGAAAGGAAAGAGUACUUUUCUGAUUCAUGAUUUCUUUCUUUUUUCCAAAGAAGAAAUGCUUAAAGUGCUACACCCUUUGCUGCAUCAAAGGAUCAAACUGCAAGAACAGUUACCAGCAGUGCUUGCAAAAUGA